GUGGACUUAUGUUUGAGUCAGUGAAGGUUCCGCAUGGGUGAGAAGUGACAGAUUAAAAACAAAAUAUACUAAGAUUUCAUAUUUAAACUUAAUAGAGAUAAUGGACAUCAGUGGCCAAGCCAAGCGGAUUAUGGUACAAGCUUUAAGUAAAAUGUACAGCUCGCGCACCCAGCGCGGUGGACUUCGGCUUCACCGAAGCCUGUUGCUAACGCUUGUAAUGAAAUCUGCCAGGGACAUCUACCAUUCAGCCCGACUGGUAAGCGAAAAAGAGGAACAAUGUGCCAGGCUGGUUAGUACUACAAAGGACUUGACACAGAAAGAGGAGUCAAUAGACACAACCAGCACUGAGGUAUCCGGGAUACCCGUGGCUCUUUGUGCGCUUGCGACACGGUCGAGUGAGGGCGUCCAAAGGUCCAAAAAUGAGAGUGACCCAACUGUACAGAACGCCAGGGAAACCAGAGUCGACAAAGAGAACUGUAGCCCACCCAGACCUGACCGUCACUCCAGAAAACGGCGAGGAAAAACUGCUACAGAGCCUGACUUCCUGCCGUGCAAAAAAGCAAAAAUGGACUCGGGUGAAGUCAGGCGCAUUCUCCACGAUGCGACACUGCGGAGUAACUCUGGGAACUGUGGCAGAGAAAUGGAUACUUUGUCGACCACACAUAUGCUAAGGACUGUUGUCACAUGCUGAUGGGACUGCUUAAAAAGUAUUGGAGAUGCCCUUGAAAGAAGUCUUUUAAGGGGCAGAGUCCUUGCACACAUCCCCGCGCGGCCGUGCCCUAGCUAAACGGAGCAAACAGUAUUGCGGUGUAGCUUGCACUGAAAUCUUGUUUCUUUGAUAGCUGGGUCAACACUUGGCUGUAAGAUCCAUGGGUCACAAAGUUUAUCCGUAGGUCUAAAUGGCGUCAUGUGACAGCUGAUUCAUCGAACAGUAAGGCUGUUUUGGAAACUCCAGAUAAACCAGCAGGAAGUGACCUGAUGACGGAGACAUGACUAAGGGAGCUCACAGAUGGUGGGUUCCAAACUUGGGUUCAGAAACUGACUUUCCUAUCAAACACGCCAGGAAAUACUUAAUGCGUGCUAUGUGUAUAUCACAUAAUAUGCACCAUGUUUGUCUUGUGAACAUACCUCUGCUUUCUCAAACCCAUUACCAGUGUUAUUUAUUUGCCAGUACUUUUGUAUUUUAUUUAACCUACUCUGAUUACUGUUGUACUUUAAAGUCUAUGAAAUGAACUUUGAUCGCAUUCCCAAGCUGCUAAAUGGUCAUUCCACAAUGUCAACUACCUCUUUUUUGUAAAAUAAAACGUUUUAAAUUAAAAAAA